AAAUAGUCUCCAUCGGCAUCUGCAUUAUGCCAUUCCUGUAAAAGUUUGGAAAGAGGCUCAAAAAAUAAAUUCAACUGUUUUCCAGCUGUUGGCGACUAUUGAACUCCUGCGUGUUAUUGUCCAUCCAGGUUUGGAGUGUACGGAGGGUGUGGUAGGACUUCUCAGUAAGAAUAAGAUUAUCGUCUCCGUUGUCUGGUUGUAUGUCUCGUGAUGUCCUGGUGAAAGAUUACACCUUGUACACAAGAGCAUGUUGUUUCUGGGCAAGGUCAAUAGAUCCUAGAUGUUGGUUUGCGUAGAUUUCUGCACUGAUGGUGGCAGGAAUUCAUAGGGCUCAUUUACUGUCGAAUUCCACCAAACACAAACCAUAGAAGUGGACGAACAAGAAGAAAUGUCAACGGAAGAAGAGCCUUCGAGUGUAACCUUUAAAAAGAUAAGAUCCAAGAAGUCCAACUUUAGGAAAAAGGAUGAUAUUGACUCAGAUGAAGAAACUAAUGUUUUAAAUAAAAUUGAAGAAAUGAAAACAAUUCAGAAAAUGAGGGAACGUCCAAAUGGUGUCAGUGUUGUCACAUUAGCCCUUGGUGAAAAAAUAUCCAAAACUGAAGAGAUCCUAGUAUCUGAUCCGUUCAAAGUAAAAACCGGUGGUUUGAUAAACAUGGCGAAUUUAAAAAAAGGAAAAGUCAGUAAUGAGGAUGAUGCAUACAACACUGGAAUUGGUACCCAGUUUUCUGCGGAGACGAACAAAAGGGAUGAAGAUGAUGAAAUGAUGAAGUAUAUCGAAGUCGAGCUUUCUAAGAGGAAAGGGAAAACGAAAAACGAAACAGAAGUUAAGAAGUACUGUCCGCCCGAGGAGGCUGCUCUAUUGGCUGUGCCUGAUCAUCUUAGAAUUUCUUCCUCUCAAAGGAAUGAAGAAAUGUUGUCAAACCAGAUGCUCAGCGGUAUUCCAGAAGUCGAUCUCGGCAUUGAAGCAAAAAUCAAAAACAUCGAAGCCACUGAAGAAGCAAAGCUUAAACUUCUAUGGGAAAGUCAAAACCAAAAAGAUGGGCCUUCUCCGUUUGUACCAACAAAUAUGGCUGUCAACUUCGUUCAACACAAUCGAUUUAAUAUCGAAGAUCACAAUACAAAUAAGCAAGCUGACAGAAGGAACAAUGCAAACCAAGAGAAACUCACUUCCCAACCUUAUACCCAGAAGGGAAUCAAAAGAGGAAAGGGUGCAGAAAAAGCUACAGAUGAUUAUCACUUCGAGAAAUUUAAAAAACAGUAUAGGAAAUAUGUUUAAAUUGAUGUCAUGUACCUACAAAAUUUUUAUGAAUGAAUUAAAUUAAUUGUUAUUUGGGAUGCAAGUGCAAGCCUGACUAGCCAAUACGUUAUUUAAGUUGAUUUUUACAUCUGUAAAAUAAAAAUACUAAAAAAGUGGUAAGAACAGUGAGCCUCCUAAAUGCUAAAUAAAUAAUAACUGAGAAAAG